GUGUGGAGCAGCUGAUCACAUAUCAACAUUACCUGUGAGGAGCUGCACCGUGUAUGUCCACUCAACACUAAUUAGUUCCAUUAUUACCAGGCAUGGCAUUGAGAAACCUGGGAACGGCCUUAUCAAGGCUGUCUCUAACUACCAUCGCUAGAGGUGGCUCUGCUAGUGGGUUGCAACAUUUGGAUUAUAUAUCGUCACUACCAUUUGCCAGCACCACCACCACCUGCAGCAUCUCUUCCAGUAUGGGAGCCUCCACAACUAUGUCUAGCAGCUGUGUCACAUCUUCAGUGGUCUCCAAUCCUCUCACACUCGCUCCUCAAGUGCGGAAACUGGCUACAUCUGCAGCGCGGCCAGCAUCACUGCGACAGAUGCAUCGUUCAGGACCUGUCAAGAAGAUCCGCAAGAACAAGAACCCCCUGAUCAACAAGCCUUACGCUCGAGGGGUUGUGCUGAAAACAUUAAUUAAGAAGCCAAAAAAACCCAACUCUGCUAACCGCAAAUGCGUGUUGGUGCGACUUACAACUGGCAGAGAGAUGAUUGCCUACGUGCCAGGAGAAGGUCACAACCUGCAGGAGCACAACAUUGUCUUGGUCAGACCUGGGAGGCUGCAAGAUGUACCCGGCGUCAAGCUCAAGUGCGUAAGGGGAAAGUAUGAUCUCCAGCAUGUUAUCAAGAAGAGUCAUUGAUUGCGUCGAUUUUGAUGAGCUCCAUUAAGAAGAGACAAUAAGUGAGUUUGUGACUUGUAUGCUUCCAUCAGUUUCAAGAAGAGAACAAGAAUCGUUAUUGCAGUUGUGAUUUCUAACAGGUUAUUAGGAUGGGAAGAGAAUUCCUGUGACAUAAAUACUAAUUUGUUUCUGCUUUUUAAAUGGGAAUCAAAAAAUAUGUUCACAGGUUCAUUAAUUACACCCAUGAAACUAUUUAUGAAAAGUCUUUAACAAGAGAACUUGCAAGGCCUUUUAUGACUAAUUUCUUUACUAACAGCAUAUUAACAGAGAGUGAAGUUAAUAGCAUCAGUAGGUUGUAAUCACUGCAAAAAACUAUAACAAUUUAUUUAUAUUAAACUGUCCAAAGUCAAAACAUUAGUUGUGCAGUAAUUCAAUGUACUGAUAGUAGAUGCUCAUUUGUUAUUAUAAACUGUAAGCAUUUUCUAAUACAGGUGCUCCUGGAUUUAAGAUGGGGUAUGUUCCAGCAACCCAUCGUAAGUCAAAAGUUGAUAUAUGCUAAAUAAGUAAGUAAAUAAAUAACUACUGUCGUUAAGUAAGUAAAUAAACAAAUAAUUACUGUAACUAACUAAAUACAAGUAUUGAAAAGUAAAAAAAACUAUACAAGUUACGGACUUGCUGCUUUCAUACUGGGUAAUUAUCUCCAGUUCCAUCUCCAAAGUAAUUGCUUUUGCACCAUCGUAAAGUCGAAACAUCAUAAGUCGAACUAUUGUAAGUCAAGGAGCACCUGUAGUCCAGUUAGAUAGUGCAUGCGCUUGGCUCCUGUCAAUGAUAGCUCACUGUCAGAUCCUCUCAUCACUUUUCCCAAAUACCUGUACUGUAUUAGUAUAUUAGAGAGAUCUCUUUCAAUUUAGUAUUAUUAUAAUUCAACCUCCUGAGCAACAGUUGUAAUUUCAACUGUUUGUAAACAGUCAACUUUGCCACAUAGACUUUUCAGCCAUUUUUUAUUAACAGUGAGCAAGGGACUAGUAACUCCUCCUGUAUAAAUUAGUAAAUGUAGGAAAAGAGAUAAUUUUAUAAAGAAAGCGUUUCUUCUUUUCGGGUCUUCCUACCUUGGUGGAAGAUGGCUAGUGUGUUACAAAAAAUAAAAAAAUUAAAAAAACAACAAAUUUCAUAUUUAAACUUGGUUAGGUUAAUAGAAGUUUGGUUAGAUUGUUGUCUAGCAGUCAAAAUAAACCAAUUAUAAGCAUACCUUAUAACAUAAAGCAAGCAAAGCACAAAUGAUUAGGAACAUUGCCAGCAGUACAAUAAUUUCAUUAAUUGGCCUUGCAGGCAUGAUAUACAGUGGACCCCCGCAUAACGAUCACCUCCAAAUGCGACCAAUUAUGUAAGUGUAUUUAUGUAAGUGCGUUUGUACGUGUAUGUUUGGGGGUCUGAAAUGGACUAAUCUACUUCACAAUAUUCCUUAUGGGAAAAAAUUCGGUCAGUACUGGCACCUGAACAUACUUCUGGAAUGAAAAAAGUUCGUUAACCGGGGGUCCACUGUAAUUGGUUAUUUUUGUUGCCAGACAUCACUCAAACCUAAGUAACAUAACUAUAAAUAAUGUAAAUAGGGGAAUUUGCUAAAAAUUGGAUGAGGAAAAAAUGGCCGUUUAUAAACACUUAGAAUUCCAUCUGUUGCCGAGGAUGAUGGGUUGAGAAAUUAAGGGGAAGCACUAAACCCGUAAGGGUUAUACAGCACCUGGGGACUGGGAGGUAAUCAGAGUUGAUCAGAGGAAGAGGAAGAUAGUGCCAAUUACUCAGAUCAAGAGCCCUUCACCAGCAUCAAGGCACCCCUUCCCCUUCCCUUAAAGGGUCUUAAUUCAGCAAAUUAUGACACUUUGAGGGAACACCAGUGUCUUAUAUCCUAAUAGAUUUUUUCUUCGCUUUUGGAGCAAAGUAAUUUAUGAAUGUUCCCAGCAGGCACAAGAUAGUGUUUCACUGUUAAUUUUAGUCUAAAUGGAUAUCACUACAGUUGUGAUGAAAAUGGUUUUGAAAGCUGACAAGUUGAAGAAUGAGACACUUAUGCAAUAUUUGGGUAUCUUUAUUGAGGAAAUGUUCUACUAGCCAGUGACUUCUUUAGUCCAAUACAGAGAAUAACAGGGAAAGAUGAGGAGGAGUUGAGGUAAUCAGUCCUUCAGCCUGGAGUCUAUGGACUGAACAUGUUGAUUCCAAGCUGAGGGCCUGAUUACCUCAAACUCCUCCUCAUCUUCCACUGUUUUGCUCUGUAUUGGACUGAAGAAGCCAGUGGCUGGCAAAAUGUUUUCUCAGAGAUUCUCAAAUGUUGCACAAGUGUCUCAUUCUAUCACUACAGUGUUUGAGCUAUGUUAGGACUGAAACACUGCUGUGUACCUGCUGACAUUUACAGUAUUUAGUUGUAGUCAAUCAAGUAAGAUUUCAUGUUAACACUUUUUGUACAUUGUCAUAAGUAAGUUCUUACAAACCUGAGGAGGUAACACUAGAAUUUAUUAACCUUUAUUAAUGAAAAUUAGUCAGCCUAACUUUGCCCUUUCUUCCCUACAGUAUAUUAAAAUGCAGCUUGAAGUGUAAUAAAUUUUGAAAUAUCUCAAGAAAUUUUGUUUAGUUUUUAUUCCUCUAUAAGUGAUGUAAUUUUCAUUGUAAUGUUGAAUAAUAUGUAAUCAUGGCAUUCUCAGUAGACAAAUCAUACUUUUAUAUAUAAUGCUUUGUUAUUGUUUAUGUACUGCAGUUGAUUAUUUUAUCAGAAGUGUCUUCAUCUGUUUUCAUAAUUUGCCUAAAUAUAAUUAGAAUGUACCUUGCUGCUUUUCCCAGCCAAAAAUGUUCAAAUUAGUGUAGCUAAGAACUUUGUAACUGUGUAUUAGAAAAGCUAUUAACUUUAAAUUUACAAUAAAAAAUAAAAUAA